AUGUCGCUGCUUUCAGCCAAAAUCGAUUUGAAUGUCACUCCAACGCAAAAUGCGAUCAGUGGUGCCAUAUCAGGUGUUAUGGCUCGUUUUGCUACUGCUCCAUUAGAUGUAAUCAAAAUCAGAUUACAGCUGCAAACUACCACAACCAAAGUUUUUGAAAAAGGUCAUUCUAAUUAUCACAAGCCCAAAUAUCAAAGUAUUUUUCAAGCGGGCCGACUGAUUAUCAAAGAAGAAGGAAUUCUUGAUUCAUUUUUAGCAACUCAUAUACCGCAACAAGCACAUACGUUUAUUGCAGGUGCAAUUUCAGGAUGUGUAUCGACAGUAUCUACAUAUCCGCUAGAUCUCUUGCGAACACGAUUUGCUGUUCAAAGAAACAAUUUUUAUCCAAGUCUGACCAAGGCGAUUAAAAAUAUUUUUGUCAAGGAAGGAAUCAGUGGAUUUUAUCGGGGUAUGCUACCUACUCUUGUUCAAAUUAUUCCUCAAAUGGGAUUAAUAUUUGAAUCACACCGGAUUUUUGUCAAGCUGUUUAAGCAUCUUGAAACAAAAGCGCCUACAGUUUAUAAAUGGACAAGUGGAUACUCUGAGAUAUUUUGUGGUGCCAUGGCAGGAGUAGUCACCAAAGUAGUGGUCAUGCCUUUUGAUGUGAUCCGGAAACGAUACCAAGUGCAAGGACCGAUGCGGAAUGCGAUCGUGGUUGACAAUGUGCCUCGGUAUCAUCGUGGAAUCGUACAUACAGCAUGCCAGAUAGUCAAGCAUGAAGGUGUUUUGGCACUAUAUAAAGGCAUUGUGCCAUGCCUAGCCAAGGCAGCACCAGGAUCAGCGGUGACAUUCUUUGUAGUGAAUGAAUGUAGAUUGGCAUUCAGUCAGUACAACGAGAUGCAGCAAUCUAAAUCAUAG